AUGUUCAACCGAAGCACAUGAGUCUUGAACAAAAUGCGGUGAAAUCCUCACGACAGUUUUGAAGCUUUAGAGAAAAUUCUCACCAGAAUGCACCACAUUUAAACUUUGAACUGGAAAAAAAACACUCGCAGUUUCAAGUUUUUAUUCUAAAGGGAAAGAAAUAGCUGAAUUCGCAUAGUAUCCUCGUUGAACAAAAUGGAACUAGCGCACACAUUACCGGCGUCGGAAGUCUUAGAUCACUUUUCUGUUGACGAAACGAAGGGUCUGAGCUUAGAGGAGUUAUCUAGUGCGCAGAAAAAAUAUGGACCAAACGAACUCCCAGCCGAAGAAGGCAAGCCUUUAUGGAAGUUGGUAUUAGAACAGUUCGAUGAUUUACUCGUAAAAAUUCUUCUUGGAGCCGCAGUGAUUUCUUUUACUUUGGCUUUAUUCGAAGAAGGAGAGGACAGAACUACAGCAUUUGUAGAACCAUUUGUUAUCCUUGUUAUUUUGAUUUUAAACGCAAUUAUAGGAGUAUGGCAAGAAAGAAACGCCGAAAGCGCAAUCGAAGCCUUAAAAGAGUAUGAACCUGAAGUAGCCAAAGUUUUAAGGCAAAACAAACCAGGAAUUCAAAGAAUUAAAGCUCGGGAUUUGGUUCCGGGAGACAUAGUAGAGGUUGCAGUUGGCGACAAAGUUCCUGCUGAUAUAAGGAUAACUACAAUAAAAUCUACAACACUAAGAGUAGAUCAAUCAAUUCUUACAGGUGAAAGUAUUAGUGUGAUAAAACACACAGAUCCCAUUCCUGAUCCAAAAGCUGUUAAUCAAGACAAGACAAAUAUGUUGUUUUCAGGUACAAACAUUGCUGCUGGAAAAGCAUCAGGCGUAGUCAUUGGAACAGGGCUGAACACGCAAAUAGGCAAGAUCAGAGAUGAAAUGGUUGAUACAGAUGAAGAGAGAACUCCACUUCAACAGAAACUUGAUGAAUUUGCUCAACAGUUAUCCAAGGUAAUCACAGUUAUUUGUAUUGCAGUAUGGGCCAUUAAUAUUGGCCACUUCAAUGAUCCAGUCCAUGGGGGAUCCUGGCUAAAAGGAGCCAUAUAUUACUUCAAGAUUGCAGUUGCCUUAGCUGUUGCAGCAAUCCCAGAGGGGCUUCCAGCUGUUAUAACCACUUGCUUAGCUCUUGGUACACACAGAAUGGCCAAGAAAAAUGCCAUAGUUCGUAGUCUUCCUUCUGUUGAAACACUUGGCUGUACAUCAGUCAUUUGUUCAGACAAAACAGGAACACUGACCACAAAUCAAAUGUCUGUCCACAAGUUUUUUGUUUUGAGUGACGUAAGGAGGGAUCAUGCAACAUUCCAUGAAUUUGAAGUUGAAGGAACUACCUAUACACCCAGUGGAGAUAUAACUCUGAAUGGAAAGAAAGUAGAUCCGCAAAACUAUGAAGUACUUCCAGAGUUUGCCACUAUUUGUGCCAUGUGCAAUGAUUCCAGUGUAGAUUACAAUUCAGUGAAAAAUGCCUAUGAGAAAGUUGGCGAAUCUACAGAAACUGCUCUAACAGUUUUAGUGGAGAAACUCAACGUGUUUGGUACAAAUCUGGCUGGAAAAUCCAAAGCUGAACUGGCUAAUGCCUGUAAUGAUGUGAUCAAGUCUCAUUUUAAUAAGGAAUUUACCUUGGAGUUCUCUCGCGACAGAAAGUCAAUGAGUGUGUAUUGCACUCCAAGAGUUGAUGGACCAAACUCUGUACAUGAUAAGAACCCAAAGAUGUUUGUCAAGGGAGCACCUGAAAGCAUAAUUGACAGAUGCAGCUUCAUCAGAGUUGGCGACAAGAAACAACCGCUGACACCAAAAACUAAACAGCAAAUUCUGGACUUGGUGAAAAGUUAUGGAACAGGUGCAGACACCCUCCGCUGCCUUGCGCUGGCUACAGUUGAUGAGCCGCUUUCACCCAGCCAAAUGGAAUUAGAAAAAGCUGAAAAGUUUGCGGAUUAUGAGAGCAACAUGACAUUUGUGGGUGUGGCAGGCAUGUUAGAUCCACCAAGAACAGAGGUGAAAGACUCCAUCAAGAAAUGUGGUGCUGCAGGAAUCAGAGUUAUUGUCAUUACUGGUGAUAACAAGGCAACUGCAGAAGCUAUCUGUAGACGUAUUGGAGUUUUUGAGCCCAAUGAAGACACAACAGGCUUGUCUUACUCUGGUCGUGAAUUUGAUGAGCUGACUCCAGAAGAGCAGAGAGAGGCUUGUUUAAAUGCUAGAUUGUUUUCACGAGUUGAACCAGCACAUAAGAGCAAGAUUGUCGAGUACCUCCAGGUGGAAGGUGAAAUUUCUGCCAUGACUGGGGACGGAGUGAAUGAUGCUCCUGCCUUAAAGAAAGCUGAGAUUGGAGUUGCCAUGGGAUCUGGAACUGCUGUGGCUAAAUCUGCAUCUGAAAUGGUAUUAGCUGAUGACAACUUUUCAACAAUUGUGGCUGCUGUGGAAGAAGGGAGAUCCAUUUAUGAUAACACAAAACAGUUUAUCAGAUAUUUGAUCUCCUCAAAUAUUGGAGAAGUUGUGAGUAUUUUCUUGACUGCUGCUCUGGGUAUGCCAGAAGCCCUCAUCCCAGUUCAGCUUCUGUGGGUAAACCUUAUGACAGAUGGCCCCCCUGCUACAGCCCUCAGCUUCAACCCCCCUGAUGUAGACAUUAUGAUGAAGCCACCCCGCAAGGCUAAGGAGGCUCUCAUCAGUGGCUGGCUAUUCUUUAGAUACAUGGCUAUAGGAGUCUAUGUCGGAGUUGCCACUGUGGGAGCUUCAGCUUGGUGGUUUAUGGUUUAUGAGAAUGGUCCUAAAGUUUCCUAUUAUCAGUUGACACACCACAUGCAGUGCACAACAGAUCCAUCAAACUUUGUUGGUGUUGAGUGUCAGGUGUUUAGUGACCUUCAUCCAAUGACUAUGGCUCUGUCAGUACUUGUCACAAUAGAAAUGUUUAAUGCUCUUAACAGCUUGAGUGAAAAUCAGAGCCUUUUUGUAAUGCCACCAUGGAGGAAUCCUUCCCUUAUCACAGCAAUCAUAGCAUCAUUUGUCAUGCAUUUCGUCAUUCUUUACUUCAAGAUUACAAAUACAAUCUUCCGUAUCACUCCUUUGAACUGCGAUGAGUGGGUUGCAGUUCUUUACUUCUCCUUCCCGGUCAUUAUACUGGAUGAGAUUCUCAAGUUUGUUUCAAGACAGAUAGCUGAAUCAUCCCACCCAAGUUCACCAGGCAAAGCAAAGUCUGAAUGAUUUUCGCCUGCAUGCUGGUCAUGCUUGCAACUUGUGUAGCAACUGAUUUUAUGAUACAGCUGUGCAGAGAAUUUAAUUGUGUGGGUAUAUUACUCAAUAGAACUAAAAAUACUUUGGAAGAAGCAGCUCCCUCCAGACAUAGCAUUUGUGGUUAUCUUCAUGCAGGUUGCUGAUCCAGCAUGGCAAACGAUUAUAAUUACGGGCCAAACCUCUUAAUAUAUUUGUCCUGCAAAUGGUGAGCUAGUAAGAAUCAGGAAAAGAAAAAGAACUGCAAAACCAAGUCUGUUAACUCAAAUGAUCAUCUCCAAAGUUAAAGAAAAAGAAACGGAAAAAAAAAAGGCAACAUGAAAUAUUUCUCAUUGUAAUGCAUAUAAUAUAAAAGUGUUUUCAACUUGUUCUAAGGGUUCCUAAUUUAUAUAUUUAUAUCUGCCUUUCCUUGAUAAUUGAGGAUCUUGGCAGAUUUUUAUCAAAGCAUUAAUCUUUGUGUAAUCUUGCAGUAAACAUUCAGAGGGUUUUUUCCUCUCCUCUUAAGAAAUUAAGCAGUUUGCUGGUAGUAAAUGUGGUAUUCUUUUUUGUGUGUGUGGAUUGAGUGUGGAGGUAUAGAAGAAAGUUGUACAGGAGCACAGAGUGAUGGUUAAUUGGAGGGAAGGAGGGAACGAAAAGUAGAUUAUGCUAUAACUUGUUGUUAGUGUCGCUUUUUCUUGAUGAUGAAUAGCAAAUUCCUCAUUUAUUAAAUUGGUGUCGUUGGCCACUAACAAAGCUUGUUAUCGUAUCAUACUCUUACUUUUAAUUGUUACACUGCUUGUUACGUUGGUCAGGACACUUUCACAUGCACCAAGCAUCACUGAUUAGGAAAUAGCGUAAGAAUGGGGAUCGUAACAACCCCUUUUUUGGGUUUUCAAAUCGCAGCUACUUUAGUCCUGUGAUUGUAUUGCAAAUGCAUGUACAUGUCUGCUAGACUAUAUAAAAUGUUAGGUUGGUCAACUGAGCUAUGCAUUUGGGCUGACAAAAAAAAAAGUUUAGUUCAUAGGUCUUGGUAUUCACCCUUUAAUGCACGAUGAACCCACACAACUGAAUUGUGGAGAUGUUCACCUUAGAGAGGCUUGUUUAGGAUAUUGAAAAGAUAAAACGUAGCCUUUUAAUUGUUUUUCACGUGUGUCUGUGUUACUGUAACCAUGUUAUGGUUUAUGAAGAUUUACACCGUGAAACCGGUAUUAUCAACUUUUUAAAAUUGUAAACAUGCCUUGCUUACUGCACUUUUCAUCCACGAGACUUUUCUUUUUCCAAUAAAAAAAUUAUUGACAAA